AUGAAACGGAAUGUGGAUCCAUGCACGGAUUUCUUUUCGUUUGGUUGUGGUUCGUUCGCCAUCAAUCGAGUCGUGCCAGAACACGAAAGGAAAGUCAACGUACUCUCCGAGGUGGAAAAGGAGCAUAGGUUCCACUUGAAAGAAUUACUCGAAGAUACAAGUCCAGAGGCAGAAACGAAGGCUAUGGUUUUGCCUAGAACUUACUACAAUUCGUGCAUGGAUGAAGAUGCACAGGCUAACUUGGUGAGAAUGUUCUUCUGA